AUGUGUACAUGAGCUAGCAAUAUCACCGAGACAUCUUAUAAUAAAACUAAUUUAUUUUAGAAACAAAUGUGAAAAUCUCAAUAAAUCUAAUAAAAGAUUUAUAUAUAUAAUAUAUCAACCAAACUUAUCAAUUCCAAAAAUCCUCUCCUCCCUAUUACAUACAUACUAACACACCCAAUUAUUCAUUUAAAACCCAUACAUACCAAACACAAAAAACUUCAUCCAAUAAUCCUUAGCUUAAUUUCCCCGUAAGAAUGGCGGCGCCGCGAACUUGCUCUCAGUGCGGCAACAAUGGCCACAACGCUCGAACUUGCACUGAACUCGCCGUAUCUUCCGCCGCAGCAGCCACCGCACGGCCGUCGCCUGGAAUCUUCCUCUUUGGAGUUCGUUUAACCGCCGCUUCAGAAACGCCUCCUUCACCUCCAUCUCCUUCUAUUUCUCCUUCUUCAUCUAAUUCUCACCCCUUUGUUCGGAAAAGUAUGAGUAUGAAUAAUCUAUCACAAUAUGAACAACAACAUGAACAUCAACAGUAUCUUCCUAAUGACUCUUCUAAUGUUAAUGAUGGUGUUUAUGCUGCAUCUGGUUAUGCUUCUGAUGACGCUCUUCAUGCUUCCGGCAGCCGCACCCGCGAGCGCAAAAGAGGUAUUCCAUGGACAGAAGAAGAGCACAGAUUAUUUUUAAUGGGGUUGGAUAAAGUUGGAAAAGGUGACUGGAGAGGAAUAUCAAAAAAUUUUGUGAAAACAAGAACACCAACACAAGUUGCUAGCCAUGCUCAAAAGUAUUUUCUUCGCCGAAGCAAUGUCAAUCGCAGACGACGUCGUUCAAGUCUAUUUGACAUCACCACCGACACAAUAAUCCAUCCAACAAGUGAAACUCAAUUAACAAGUCGAGAUAAUCCAACAGUAACAAAACCAGUAAAAUCACAUCAAACAAAACAAUAUCCGUCCCCUUAUCAUUCUUCGUUACGACCAAUUUCAGCCAAACACGUCCGUUCAAUUCCAACAAUUCCAAUCCCACCUUCCUCAAAGAUGGCAUGUCUUAAUCUAAACCAAUCACCAACCUCGUCACCAUCAUCUUCAACAUCAACGUCGUACAACGCAGCUACCAUCAAAGAUAGAGAAUAUGAGCCGUUGCUUGCACUUAAGCUCUCACAAGCGCCGUUGGAUGAAGAAUCGUCGAGGCGAUCUCGAUCACCCCCUAAUACAUUUGGAGGAUUCAAUGGAAGUGGAGAUAAUAUUAUUAGUGUUGCUUGAAAAUGAUGGAAUAUAUAAUUAAAAGUUUAUGAUAAAUUAAAUUCGUUUUUGGGUUGUAAAGGGGUGUGGUGAUUGAAUUAAUGGAUGUAUUAAAUAAAUUGAAGGAUAAGAUAAGGUUUUCUAGUUGAUAAAAUACUCUUAUCAUAUAAAUAUAUACUCAUUCUUA